GCCAUCGCGCGGCCCGCCCUGGCGGAGCGCGCCCGCGGGUGUCGCGAGACCCCCGGGGGCAGCGCCUGCGGCGGGACGUCGCGCAGCGUGCUGAGCGCUGCCCCGCGGCGGCUGCGCGGUCUCGGGAGCGGCGCCGCGCGGAGUGCGGGCCGCGCCUCCCCGGAGGCCCGCAGGCUGGAGCCCGAGGACGGCGGCGGCAUGGCGCAAAGGGCCACGCGUGGAUCGCAUCCCGCGCCGCGGGGUGCGGACGUCGAGGAGCUGCUGGCCGCCAUGGAAGUGGCGAACGAAGGCAGCCAUCGCACCAAGGACCAGAAGUUCUACGCGGAGGAGGCCAUGGCCGCGGAGGUCCAGGAGCAGGAGCUGGCUGAGCAAGUGCUGGACGACAGCAUCAACGAUAACAGGAGCCAGGAGCAGCAGGAGCCUGAGGUGCCCGAGGCGUCCGACGCGGACUUCAAGAGCACCACGGGCGGGGAGGGACUCUGCGCGAUCAAAGUCGUCAACGGGGGCGCCGAGGCGGAGUCGGCAGAGAAGGAGCUCGCCGAGGCGUGCGCCCUCCUCGCAGUGCUUCAGGAGCGGCUGGCCGAGACGGACAUCAAGUCGUUCCACGAGUACACGAAGCUGUUCGUCGAAGCGCCGACGGCGGUGCAGCAGGCGAGCUGGCAGGACAUAGUCGAGGAUAUUCGUGGCCGUGCGGUCGAGUGCGAGCCGUUG